UAUGUAAUUUUAUUGUGUUGUUAAUAAAGAUAGUCAAAAAAAGGAAGCCCGAUGAAUUCCGAAGAUGACGUGUUCGCGAGGCGUCGGCGUGAAGCCUCCACUCUGAUUGGCCAGAUGCUCCGGAGGCCGGUAUAAGAUCCGCCCCUUCCCCGUUACUUCCCGUGACGCCAGCAGCUCUCCACAGAAUUAAGAAACGUCCAUGAUAUCGGCGGCGGAAAGGCACCGACUGUAAACACCACGACAGUACAUGAGGGCGUGUAGGUCAGCGGGAGAGAGUCACGGGGCACAGAAGUAGCUACGCAACCAGCAAAGAGAAAAUAAAUCCGUCAGAAAGCAAAACCGUAGAGCGGGAUGCGUUAGUAGCUAGCCGGUGCUUGCACACAUAUUAGCUAACGGAAAGUGACAACUAGUUUGUUAGCUUUAACAUCAAGAGACGAUUACUGUCCGCCGACCCACGAAAUAAACGGGUUUUGAGGAAAACUACGUUUGACAGAGCCUGGCGUUAGAUAAUUAAAUUGUAUUCCUUUUUAAAAGUCCCUCAGUUCAGUGACGGUGAAGAGUGGUGAUGGACUUCGUUGCAGGAUGCAUCGGAGGUGCUGCUGGAGUCUUGGUUGGACACCCAUUUGACACAGUAAAGGUGCGACUGCAGGUUCAGAGUGUGGAUAAACCUCUGUACCGUGGGACGUUCCACUGCUUCCAGUCCAUCAUUCGACAGGAGUCGGUGUUUGGUUUGUAUAAAGGUAUUGGGUCCCCCAUGAUGGGCCUUACGUUCAUCAAUGCCAUAGUGUUUGGUGUCCAGGGAAACACCAUGCGACUGCUGGCACAUGACACUCCCAUGAACCAGUUCCUGGCUGGUGCAGCAGCCGGUGCCAUCCAGUGUGUCAUCUGCUGCCCCAUGGAGCUGGCAAAAACCCGGAUGCAAAUGCAGGGCACAGGAGAGAAGAAGUCUUCAAGGAAGUUGUACAAGAACUCCUUGGACUGCCUGGCACGCAUCUACAACCGUGAGGGUCUGCGGGGUGUAAACAGAGGCAUGGUUACUACCCUGAUCCGCGAGACGCCCGGCUUCGGAGUGUAUUUCCUGGCUUAUGAUGUGCUGACGCGGAGCCUUGGGUGCGAGCCCGACGACCGCUACAUGAUCCCCAAACUGCUGUUUGCUGGAGGCAUGGCUGGUAUCGCCUCCUGGCUCUCCACCUACCCCGUAGACGUGAUCAAGUCACGCCUCCAAGCAGACGGAGUGGGUGGAGUGAAUCAGUACAGCAGCAUUGCUGACUGUGUGCGGCAGAGCGUCCAGAGAGAGGGCUACAUGGUGUUCACACGAGGCCUCACCUCCACGCUGCUACGGGCCUUCCCUGUCAAUGCAGCUACCUUCGCAACCGUCACCCUGGUCCUCAUGUAUGCCCGUGGGGUGGAGGAGGGGCCCAAAGACUGCGAGCCGGCACAGCCGAGCCACCACUCCCAGAUACAGCAGCAGGCCCAGCCCUCCAGCCUGUGACGGCACCGAGGCCUCACCAGACUGGCCGCUUUACAAGAGCAUGGAGAGACAAAUGUACUUUUAUUACUGUCUGACUCAGCUUCCCAUCAGACCAGCCAUUCCCAGCUUCGAGUCAAUGAUACCUGGUUUAUAUAAAGCACUUGUUUUUACUUUCAUUUCAAAAAGGAGAAAAAAACCUAUUUAUUUUUAGCAGUGAUUUAAGUUCUGUUUGCUCCUGAAGGUGCAGAGUUUUGAAAGGGAUUACAUUACCUCUAAUGAGAUGGAGAUUUGUGAUGGAUUUUAACAGUAGCUUUUAUUCUUAGGAAGAUUUGGUGGAAGAUCUAGACAUAACUGAGCCACAUGGCUGCUGUUGUGGCUGAUUAGAGUACUAUACAGAGUCGGCACGGAAACUUUUGCAUAUAUCUUGAAACAUGCAGUGUUUAACUGCAUCUGUACAUGCAAACAGAUUUUAUGCUUUUUGUUUUUUAACAUAUAUUGCAAACCUUUUUCUUGCCUUACAAUACAGUACUUUUAUUUUGUUUAAGGACGAGCGUUUGUACCUGAACUGUAUCCUCUGAAGAGUCAAGUGAGAACCAAUGUAGCAUGUGAUAAGUGCGCACAACUUAUCACUCCUGUCUGCUUACAAACCAAAAACCGUUGCAGCUAUAAUCUGAUCAUCACUGAAGCACUCUUAGUUGUCAGUUUGCGCUGUCGACAGAACCCAAGUGGUCUGAAGGGCUCUCCGGGGGUUGAAUGAAAAGUGUCCGUGUGAGUCAGGAAUUCUGGAUGGCGUUUUGUUUUCUGUCUUGUUUGGCGUGUUGUGUUCUACCAAAUAAUGUGACGUUUUACUGCUGUAUUGAAGGCCGAGUCAGGCGGCGUUGUUGGUGUCCCAUUUUAUCUUAUUUUUGUUAUAUUUACGUCUUGGAUUUUUAAUAAACUAUCCCUGCGUGGCAAAAUUUUGUUUCCUAUCGGUACGUACUGCAGCUGUCCUCACAAAGUACGUACGGUUACAUGCAGUAUGCAAACCAUGAACAUACUGCUCGGUCAUAAUAAUGCGCCUUAAGCUUCGACCAUCUUUGCUCAUGUGUCAGCCUGUGGAACGAAAUGAGCCGUCGUCUGUCUUGAGCUUGUUUUUACUCGUGUGAGAUGUUGUGGUGCAUUUUCCGCUGCGCAGAGAAUCCUAGUUCAGAACGACCUGAAAAGCAUGUUGGCUUGCAAAUUGCAAAAUGGAUCUGGCUCUGUUUUUGAUAUAGUAAAUCUUUAAUUUUUUUCACUAUACAAUAACAAUAAUUGUAUGGUACUAUGGAUAUUUGAAUGCAAAUAAUAUUUUGACUUAUGAUAUUGAGUCAUGAAUGCAUGCACCUUUUUGAAAGCUCUCCAGAAAAGGAGGGAAGCAGCAAACCAGUGUUUUCAUUCACUCUGUUGCUGCAGACAGCCCGUGUCCCUCGGGGAGCCACUGAAAGAUGAUUUAUUAUAGUUUGAGAUGAUCUCUGAAGUGCAUUCUGUUUGGAAAGAAAUUCUAUUUUCACUUAUAGUAUCUUGAGAAAAUGCAAAGUAAUUUAAACAAAGCAGUUACAUGUUUAAAAUGAUCAGUGUUUGGAUACUGGAAGAGUCCUGAAAUGUUUGUUAAAUGGUGCAAAAUACAACCUCUUACUAGCUGAUUGCACAAGAUUUGUUACAGAUUUUUGUGUGCCUGCUGUGUAAUUUGAUGGUCACAUUCUCCUCAACUUCAUGACUGUUUGUGUGCAAGAACAGCUGCUAUACUUUACCUACUCUGGACUGGGGUUCGCAUUAGAUUUAUUUAUUCGGUUACUGUCCUAGCUCAGUGGCAUAACAGUGUUGUAAAUGAACAUCUGCUUCCUGCGUGUGAGCUCCAUAUCAGAAGAUUUCUUGUUUGUAUUUAUGCUUGAAUGUUGCUGUAAAGAAAUAAUCAGAUUUCCCGUCAUCGAGCGCUGAAAUGUGAGCACAAUAGAUGAUCUGCUCCCCUGAAGGCUUCUCAGAGCUCCGUCUGAAGCCGUAAAAAUGGUAAUGAAUCCAAGCACUGCUGUCAUUUUGUGUGUGAUAAAUGAAUUGCUGCUGGAGAGCGGGAAGUCGCAGCUGCACUCAAACUGGAAGUUUGUUGAAUGUAACACACCUGCACAGGUGUUCUGUCCAAAACUCUCGAGUCGAAGGACAAAAUGAUUUCUGGUGAUUCUGUUGUUUAUAUUUCAAUACUUUGAAAUGUUCAGUGCUGCUGGGAAACGUGGAAAAUCUCCAGGUUGUGCUGUUGUACAAUUGUGGGUGAAGAGGGUAAAUGAAAGUGUAGAAGAGUGCAAAAGCAUGAUCGUUAUCUCAGUUGCUUGUGUUUAAAUUUAAAUCCCACCUCUUAAACGGCGGCUGUUACAUCUGGCUGUGAACUAGAUCACAUCUGAAACCCAUCGGACAGCGAAUAUUUACUCCAGCUGAUGUGAAAGAUGCAAUAUGUACAGGAUGUAACUGUAAUGUGAAGUUUUGAAGUGAUUGGUAACGUAUACUGUAUAUUUAUAGAUCUACAUAUCUAUUUUUCAUUCUAAAGUAUUUAUGUAGUGUGGUUCCAUGAAUGUUUGAGCAGUUUUUAAAGUCUCUUUCUUUGGUCAGUUUGAGUUUGCUGUUGUACUGAAGAGAAUUAAACAGACAUAUUUUUGUGUCAUGCAGAGCCUAUUUGUCUAGAUUUGUCACUAAAGAUCUGUACAAAUGGGUAAAUAAAAGCAAUUCAAGCA